AAGACUCGGAGGCGGCGGCGGCGGCUGGAGCGAGCGACGCGCCACGCACAGGCUGGGCAGCCUCGGAGCGGGGGAAGCAGGAAGAGGCGGCGGCGGCGGCUGCAAAGGAGGCAGCCCCGGCAGGCAGGCAGGCAGGCAGGCGGGAGCCCGCAGCCCGGCCUGGCUGCGCCAUGGGCGAGGGAGAGCCGCUGAGCAUGGCCGACUACCUGAUCAGCGGCGGCACCGGCUACGUCCCGGAGGAUGGCCUGACGGCGCAGCAGCUCUUCGCCAUCGCCGACGGCCUCACCUACAACGACUUCCUGAUCCUUCCGGGCUUCAUUGACUUCACUGCGGACGAGGUGGACUUGACUUCGGCACUGACCCGCAAGAUCACCCUGAAGACGCCUCUCAUCUCCUCCCCGAUGGACACGGUCACGGAAUCGGACAUGGCCAUCGCAAUGGCGCUCAUGGGUGGGAUUGGGAUCAUCCACCACAACUGCACUCCCGAGUUCCAGGCCAACGAGGUCCGGAAGGUCAAGAAAUUCGAGCAGGGCUUCAUCACGGACCCCGUGGUCCUGAGCCCGACCCACACCGUGGGGGACGUUUUUGAGGCCAAGAUCCGGCAUGGCUUCUCGGGCAUCCCGGUCACCGAGACAGGGAAGAUGGGCAGCAAACUGGAAGGCAUCGUCACCUCCCGAGACAUCGACUUCCUUUCCGAGAAGGACUACGGCAUCCCUCUCAGCGAGGUGAUGACGAAGCGCAAUGAGCUGGUGGUGGCUCCAGCGGGGGUCACCCUAAAAGAGGCCAACGAAAUUCUGCAGCGAAGCAAGAAAGGCAAGCUGCCCAUUGUGAACGAGGUGGACGAGCUGGUGGCCAUCAUUGCCCGCACCGACCUGAAGAAGAACCGCGACUACCCACUGGCCUCCAAGGACUCGCGCAAGCAGCUGCUCUGCGGGGCGGCCAUCGGCACCCGCGAGGACGACAAAUACCGGCUCGACCUGCUGAUGCAGGCGGGCGUCGACGUGGUCGUGCUGGACUCCUCUCAGGGUAACUCCGUGUACCAGAUCAGCAUGAUCCACUACAUCAAGCACAAAUAUCCGGAGCUGCAAGUGAUUGGUGGCAAUGGAUGCACAGUGGUGACAGCGGCCCAGGCCAAGAACCUCAUCGACGCUGGCGUGGAUGCCUUGCGUGUGGGCAUGGGCUGUGGCUCCAUCUGUAUCACGCAGGAAGUGAUGGCGUGUGGCCGGCCCCAAGGCACAGCAGUCUACAAAGUUGCAGAGUAUGCCCGCAGGUUUGGCGUGCCGGUGAUUGCUGAUGGUGGGAUUCAGACUGUGGGCCACGUGGUCAAGGCACUCUCCUUGGGAGCCUCCACAGUUAUGAUGGGUUCCUUGCUGGCUGCCACCACGGAGGCUCCGGGCGAAUACUUCUUCUCGGACGGGGUGCGCCUGAAGAAGUACCGGGGGAUGGGCUCGCUGGACGCCAUGGAGAAGAACAGCAGCAGCCAGAAGCGCUACUUCAGUGAGGGGGACAAAGUGAAGGUGGCGCAGGGCGUCUCCGGCUCCAUCCAGGACAAGGGCUCCAUCCAGAAGUUUGUGCCCUACCUGAUUGCUGGCAUCCAGCAUGGCUGCCAGGACAUUGGCGCCAAAAGCCUCUCCAUCUUACGAUCGAUGAUGUACUCCGGUGAACUGAAGUUUGAGAAACGGACGAUGUCGGCCCAGAUCGAGGGGGGAGUCCACGGUCUCCACUCCUUUACGUUUCUGCCAUUUACGAGAAGCGGCUGUACUGAGGACGGCUCCUCCCUCCGGGGCAGCAGCGGCCUGCGAUCUUCGGCUCCCAACGUUCCCGCUCCCGUUGCCGCCGCCGCCACCACUUCCAGUUGCCGCCGCACCUGACCUGCCCGCCUGUCCCAGAAGCUGGGCCAAAGACUUGCACUAUGGACCCGCCGGCCGGCACCCCCCGGGAGACCCCAGCUCUGCCACCCCCUGCAAGGGACGCUGCUGCACGGGGGCCGGCAAACUCCCCUCCACCGGCAGGGCCUGCAGGGAGCCCCGGGGCCCCCUCCUGGUUCUUUGCUGCGGGGAGGGGGCUUCGCCUCUUGAUGACUGGCGGGGGGCGGCGGCCGUGUUGCCCACCUUCCUGGCCCACUCCAGCCCCACCCCCUGCAUACCUGACCAUUGGACCUUGUCUGUUUCCUGUGGCUGUUGGAGGGGGAGGUGCCCUCCCUCCCUCUUAGCAAGCCCCCCCCCCAUGGUGCUGGGAAGGGAAAGGAGUCUCUCCUCCUCCACUCCCCCCCCCAAUCCCAAUUUAAUUUUUUUGGUCAGUUUUUGUUUGGGGUCCUUUUCUUGGCAGGGUGGCCGCCCCCUGCCUCUCAGGCCUGCUGAGGAACUGCUUUCUAGCCAUGUUAGCUGGGGGGGGGGGUGAAGAAUGUCUCCGUGGGAGCAGGUUCUCCAGGGGCUGUGCCAUCCCUCGUCAGAUCCCGGGGGGGGCGUGGGGGGGGGCAGGCAUACUGCUGAGAUGCUCAGGGUGGGAGCCAUCUCCUCCACCUCCUCCCGGGACCGAUGCUGGGGCUGUAGGGGUCUAGCCUCUCUGCACGCCGUGUUUCUAGGUCUCCUUCCUGCUCUCUCUCCUCUUGCAUUGGGGGGGGGCCGGCGGGGGGAGUUCAGCUUCUCCUGCUGGGUUCAGCCAGAGCUCUGCUACACCUUACCGAUCUCAGCGUUGCAUCCCCACUUCUAGGCCCUCCCCCUCAGCUGUAACUUUUGCGCAUGUUGGGGUCCAACGUUGUGUCACUGUGUAUUAUUAUUAUUAUUAUUAUUAUUAUUAUUAUUAUUAUUAAUAAAGAAGAAUAAAGCUA